AGCAGAGUUGCCAGCUGUACUGGAUCACCAACCAGCUUAACUGGGUUACCGGAUGACUUUGAGCAGCGAUAUACUAAGUGAAUUUAGGAUUAAAAGCAACUUUGAAGGGACUGAAAACAAGAAAUAUAUCUGAUCUUUCUUGCGGUUGCUGAAGGGAUUGGAUGUAAGCACCCCAGCUCCAACAUGGAGACACUAGAGAAAAUUCAGCCAAACAGGCAAGUGAUCUUCUUUAUUUUGGUGGUGUUCUUAGCUCAGGUUCACCCAGAGCCUAUUCGCUAUUCUGUGCAGGAAGAAACAGAGAGUGGCUCCUUUGUAGCCCAUCUAACCCAGGACCUGGGCUUGGGAGUUGGGGAGCUGGCCGCCAGGUCAGCCAGGGUGGUGUCUGACAAUGACAAGCUCAGCUUGCAGCUGGAUCGUCAGACUGGAGAUUUGCUUCUGAGGGAGAAACUAGAUCGGGAGGAGUUAUGUGGUCCCGCUGAGCCUUGUAUAAUGCAUUUCCAAGUGUUCCUGGAAACACCUGUGCAAUUUUUUGAAGGAGAAUUAUCAAUCGAGGACAUAAAUGAUCACUCCCCAAUAUUCCCAACAAAGGAAAUGCUGUUGAAAAUACCGGAAAACAGCCCACCAGGGACUUUGUUUCCACUGACAUUGGCUCAAGAUCUGGAUGUGGGCAGAAAUGGUCUUCAAAAAUAUACCAUCAGUCCCAAUUCUCAUUUUCAUGUCCUCACUCGAAAUCAUAGUGAGGGCAAGAAAUACCCAGACUUGAUGCAGGACAAAGAGCUGGAUAGAGAGGAGCAGGCUGAGUUUAGCUUAACUCUCAUGGCACUGGAUGGUGGGUCCCCACCCAGGUCUGGCACCAUCACCGUGCAAAUUCAGGUCAUGGAUGUCAAUGACAAUGCCCCUGAAUUUGUGCACACCCCAUAUAAGGUGCAGGUCCUGGAGAACAGUCCACUAGAUUCACCAAUACUUACUGUGUUAGCUAGGGAUAUAGAUGCUGGAAACUUCGGGAGUGUUUCCUAUGGUUUUUUCCAAGCAUCAGAUGAAAUUAAACAAACUUUCUCCAUAAAUGAAGUCACAGGAGAAAUCAGACUGACAAAGAAAUUGGAUUUUGAACAAACUAAAAUUUACCAUGUGGAAAUUGAGGCUACAGACGGAGGAGGCCUUUCUGGAAAAAGCACUGUAAUCAUAGAGGUGGUGGAUGUAAAUGACAACGCCCCUGAACUGGUCAUAUCUUCACUCACUGACUCCAUCCCAGAAAAUGCUCCUGAAACGGUAGUCUCUAUCUUCCGAAUUAGAGACAGGGACUCUGGAGACAAUGGGAAGAUGACUUGCUUUAUUCCAGAUAAUCUGCCAUUCAUUUUAAAACCAACUUUCAAGAAUUUCUACACCCUGGAAACAGGGAGCACGCUGGACAGAGAAAUGGCGGCGCGUGUGUGCGCGAGGAGCGGGGCGGCGGCGCGGGGAGGCUCGCCGGGGCCCGAGGGCCACUUCCCGGGCCACCUGGUGGACGUCAGCGGCGCCGGGACGCUGUCCCACAGCUACCAGUAUGAGGUGUGUCUGACGGGAGAACCCAGGACUGGUGAGUUCAAAUUCCUGAAGCCAAUGUUCCCCAACCUCUUGGUUCAAGAUACUGAGAAUGAAAUUAAGGAAAACUCCAAUUGCAGGAACAGUUUUCUAUUUACUUAAGUACUGUAUUUUGUCAAUUGAAUUUCUCCUUAAUUUUGGUAAUUGUUUUGGAAAGACUCCUUUUGAAUAGUCUUUCUUUUAAGAAAUUGUAUUGUUGGUAAUGUAUGUCUAUUGCAAAACCAAGCCUGUUUCUGAUCACACUUAAUUUCUUCCUUAUAAGUGUUACAUUUAGCAUUUUUUUAGUUGCACAGGUUAGAGUAUUUAUUUUCUUCUUAUUUGACUUUCUCUUAGCUAUAAAUCAUUCCAACUACAAUUUACCUAAAUAGUGUCAGAAGAAAAAUUUCAACCAACUUCUUGUUUAGUUAUUGUAAUUUUAAUGAAGCAUUUUAAAGUUUUUAUGUAACCUUGUAUUGCUUUAUAUUGCUUGUCUUUAUCAUAUAACUUCAUCUGCAAGACCAGAGUGAUUUCUUAUAGUCACCUAAGAUUUCUUGUUGACCUCCCUUCCAGGCUAUGCCCCCUGAAUAUAUAACAGCAUGUUUGUUUCUCCAAAAUUAUAUAUAAACAUGCUUAUGUAUUGAUAUACUGUUGUGAUCUUCUUCCAUGUUCAAUGCCAUAUAUGUUAGAGGUUACAUCAUUUACUUGGUUGUUAUAGACCAAGAAUAUAGUAAGCACUUCAUUAAUACUAAAAUUAAAAUUUUACAUUAUUCUCAUAAAUAAUAACAAAAAAUAGGUCCUUAUUUAAUGUCAGUUAAACAUAGGUCCUUAUUUAAUGUCAUUGUUUGGUAAUAAUCCUUUUAAAAAUCUCCAAACUUUAAAUCAACUUUAAAUUUUUAUGAAGUUUCCAAGACUCCAGAGAAUAUCAUAUACUCCUUGUUCUUCCUUUUCCUCAGAAAUGGGGGUUCAAAUGUAGCUUAAUGUACAUAUUUCUCUUGGUUUUCCUGUAGCUUCCCCAAUCUUUCAAAGGCAAUCAGAGAAAAUGUUCCAAAUUUUGGUUAUCCUAUCAACUUUGAGUUUCAUAUCAAAUUGUCACUCAGAGUUAUUUUGUAAACAUGGAAAGUCAUUACCAAUAAAUAACUUAGUUUUGAUGUCAGUUAUCUUUUGUUUUGUUCUUUGAUUUCGC